AUGAGGGGCCAGGUUUGGGCGGGGAGAUGGGGAGUAAGUAAGCGGGGACUGGGGUUGCCUCUCGCAGCGAGAAGGACCAGACUUCUGGGAAGGGACAGGGAGCUGUCAAUCAGGAGGGAGCGAGCGCACCAGCACCGGGUGAUGUCAGCGGAUCAGCUGCUCGUUAACAAAGAGGGGGAUAUUUACAGGACAAAGUUGCAGCAGCAGCGAGGGCGGCUACAGCGAGACUCCCGGAGCUCGGCAGCGACCCCGGACCCGGACCCCCAGCCCGGAGGAGAGCCUGCGCUGCGCUGGGCUGGGCUGCGCUCUCUGCCGCCAUGGAUAGCGACGACGAGAUGGUGGAGGAGGCGGUGGAAGGAUGGAGGUACUCUGGUAGGUGAAGUUAAUGAAGAAGGGGAGAUGACUGGAGACAAGAUAGCCUAUGUGUAUCCUGAUGGCAGGACCACAAUUUAUGGGAAAUUCAUAGAUGGAGAGUUGAUAGAAGGAAAAUUGGCUACAAUGUCCAUUGAGGAAGGAAAGCCCUACUUUGAACUGGUACCAGGAAGUUCUCUCUAUCAUUUUGAUAAGUCUACUCCAUCCUGCAUUUCUACAAAUCCCCUUCUUCCUGAUCCUUAUGAGUCAGAAAGGGUUUAUGUUGCUGAUUCCCACAUUCCCAAUGCUGGAGAAGGACUGUUUUCUAAAGUAGCAGUGGGACCUAACACAGUUAUAUCGUUUUAUAAUGGAAUCCGAAUUACACACCAAGAAGUGGACGACAGAGACUGGGACCUGAACGGAAACACGCUCUCUCUGGACGAUGAGACGGUCAUCGAUGUGCCUGAGCCCUACAACCACACAUCCAAGUACUGUGCCUCCCUGGGACACAAGGCCAACCACUCCUUCACGCCCAACUGCAUCUACGACGUGUUUGCGCAUCCUCGUUUCGGGCCCAUCAAAUGCAUCCGCACCAAACAAGCGGUGGAGAGGGAUGAAGAGCUCACUGUCGCCUAUGGGUAUGAUCACAACCCUCCUGGAAAGAGCAUGCCAGAAGCCCCAGAGUGGUAUCGGAUGGAACUGAAGGUCUUCCAGGCUGCCCAGGAGAAGUGA